GUGUGAACUGAUGAAGAUAAAGAGAUAAGACUUAUCGAAAACGUGACGGUAUCUCUUCGUGGAAACAUUGUUCGUUGAAGGAUUACGUAAACUUGAACCAAGAUUAUCAGGGGGCUUCAUAUUUUGUUCUGCUCUAAAUCGACCGAGAAAAAACAAAAACAAAAAAAUCAAGUGAUUUCGUCAGCAGAGUGUUCGUGGGAAGUGUUGCUCAUGUUGGUUGAACUUACAGAUAGAGUAUCCUCUCACAUACCUUAAAUAUACAGGAAUGAGAAUAUCCUAUAACAUCAGUAUACAGAAAUGAUACCUUAAAUAUACAGAAAUGCGAAUAUCUUCUCGUAUACCUUAAAUAUAUAGAAAGGAGAAUGUCCUCUCACAUACCUCAAAUAUACAGGAAGGAGAAUGUCCUAUAACAUCAUACCUCAAAUAUAUAGAAAGGAGAAUAUCAUCUCGUAUAUCUUAAAUAUACAUAAGUAAGAUUAUCCUAUAACAUACCUUAAACAUACAGAAAUGAGUGUUGCUUCUGCUAGGCGAGCUUCAUGUUAACUUCGCGCCUCAUGUGAAGAUAAUAUCGAGGCGAAUUUAAACAAUGUUAGUUUUCAUAAAUAUCGACUGAAGAUGGGAAGUGGUGUCCAGAUGUGACGAAACAAAAAGGACAGAUGUACUCUGUGAUGUCAUUAGUAGUUUCGUUUGAAUUGUAAUGAACUUACGAGGAAUACGUAUUAAGAAAUAGUGUUACGUUUUUAAAGACCGUGUGACUUUAGAUAUCUCGUAGACUGAAAGUUAAUUUGUGGCUGUUCAUGAAGGAGAACUGGAUAUAAGAGAUAUUUCAUUCCAGUCCACGUGAGUUUGGACUUGUGAAAAUAAUGAUCAGGAAAAGAAAGACAUAGAAAAUUUGGACUUUUGCAAAUACACCUUCCGUUUUUUGUUGUGGGCGUCUCUGAGGUGUAAAUUCCAAAAAAAGUGUACCGUUUAUCCAGGCAGUUUGAAUUUGGACAAAAGGGAAAAAAGGCGGUAAGUUUGGACCUGUGAAAAUAAUGAUCAGGAAAGAAAGACAUAAAAUUUGAAACUUUGGCGAAUACAGUUUUUUGUUGUUGUGGGCGUCUCUGAGGUGUAAAUUACAAAAAAAGUGUAAUCGUUUCUCCAGUCACUUUGCAUUUGGAAACAGUUUGCAUUCAGAAAAAAGGAAACAAGGAGGUCAGAACGUAUUUAUUGUUUAUUUUUCAUUACUGGGCACCUCGUAGUGCCUGCAGCAGUGGGUUGUUGAGGACACCAUCCCAAGAACUGACCCUCCUCGGUUGUUACUUGUUAGUGCGUGUUCCUCGACGCUGCUGCUGCUGAGACCCUCGGGGCUAUGAUGGAUGGCGUUAUCCAUAGUGGGCGUUUUGCUGACGACCUCUAUCUUCGCAGCGUGGGUCUGGGCGUGCUCAAUCCGGCGUCGGCGUCUUCGUCGCUUUGAUGCGGGCUGGCCGUGGGCGGCUCUCUACCGUCGCUGCUGCUCCGCCCACAACAGUUCUCCACCGCCACUAUACCUAGGUCACGCCCUUAUACCCGUCCAUUUCCUCGGCGCAUCCCGCCCCUGUCGCCGGCGCGGGCGCGGGCGGGGGCCCGAGCCCAGGUGAAGGAAUGGGCGGAACAGCUGCGAGAGAGUGACCGCCCCAAGCUCCGCCCGUCUCCUCCCGCCCAUGGCCCCCAGUGCGAGCACGCCGCGGAGGACAUGGGCGAGGGCGAGGGCGGCGGAGGGCGGCAACGACUCAGGCCUUGUUGUCGGCACAAGCACAGCUCGCGCUCACGCCCGCGGGCGUGGAGGCUCCAGCACUCAGAGUUCGACAGCAUAGAGGAAUUUGUGGCGCACGGUGCUAAUGUCAACUGCCUGGCCUUGGGUCACAAGUCAGGUCGCGUGCUGGUCACUGGCGGGGACGACAAGAAGGUCAACCUAUGGGCGGUUGGGAAGCCCAAUUGCAUAUUGAGUCUAUCAGGCCACACGACCCCAGUAGAAUGCGUUCGAUUUGCUGGAUCCGAGAGCAUGGUGUGUGCAGGUUCCCUAAGUGGCGCGCUGAAGAUCUGGGAUUUAGAAGCAACGAAGAUUGUGAGAACGCUUACAGGCCAUAAAGCCAAUAUUCGGUGCAUAGAUUUCCACCCAUAUGGAGAUUUUAUCGGCACUGGAUCUCUGGACACAAAUAUCAAGCUGUGGGAUAUUCGUCGCAAGGGUUGUAUCUUCACUUACAAAGGCCACAACUUGACUGUCAAUAGUUUAAAGUUUUCACCUGAUGGACAAUGGAUUGCUUCAGCUGGAGAAGACUGCAAUGUUAAGUUGUGGGACCUGCGAGCUGGUAAGAUGAUGACUGAGUUUGGCCAGCAUACGGGACCAGUGAGCGACGUUGAGUUUCAUCCUCACGAGUUUCUCUUGGCAUCAGCGUCACAUGAUAGAACUGUCAACUUCUGGGAUCUUGAGAAGUUUGCCUUAGUUUCAUCCACAGAUGCUGAUACAGGACCCAUAAGGACUAUAGCGUACCAUCCAGAUGGUGACUGUCUGUAUGCAGGUUCCCCUGAUGUCCUAAAGGUUUAUGGUUGGGAGCCAGCACGAACAUUUGACACAGUAGCUAUGGGAUGGGGAAAGAUCCAGGAUAUUGCUAUUGCUUCCAAUCAGUUGAUUGGCGCUGGAUUCCAUGGGGUGCACGUCUCAUUAUACGUUGUGGAUUUGAAGCGGGUGCAGCCGUUUGGAGGAGCACAGCAAGACACUUCAUCUACUUUCCGUUAUGGUGCAGCAAUAAGAAAAAGCUUUAGUAAGGAUAAGAAUUCCACAAAAGCCACGGCUGAGUCUAUGAAGACUGAAGAAGCAUCUGACACAGGAGGGGAAGAGCCACAGGAGGAGGACCCACCUCCGCAAAUUAAUAACCUAAAUGAAUACCAUAAUAUAUUCAAAACGCGACGGGAGUUACAGAGAACGCCUCCUCUUCCUGAACCCCCUGCUUCUGUUAAUAAUAAUAAUGAUCCCAUGGUGCCACAAGUAAUGACGAGUCCUGAUGUCAUAAAACCAGAACCCAUGCGAGCAGUUCCUCCUCCAGCUUCUGUAGUUCGGGCAAGUAGUCCUGAGCCAGGCAGAAGAGGCUCUGCUCACGUAGUGUCUCAUCUGCCACGACCGAUAGCAACACCCAGGGAAACUGUUACACCAAGGUACGAAGGUGGAAAUAAUCAAGCACCAACUUCUCCAUCUCAGUCAACAAGCUUUCCAAGCCUUUAUGAGCGUCGUGGCUCAUCGCAGGAACAGUCUGCCUGUUCUUCACCUCACAGGUACAUCAUAAGGCACAGUCCGUCCGAGCCACAUCUUGUGCGCCAGUCAUCAUCGCCUGGCCCAGCUUCCACCUCCCCAGCUUAUCAUGAUUCUGCUCCAAGUUUGCCACAGCUUACUCGCCCAGAAUUAUCAAAUUCAAGUCGUUCACAGGCAUCGUCUAAAUCAGACCUCUCUUACAAGCCUAUGGAUCGACCCAUGUUGGUUAAACCAACGCCCAGACCCUUCGAGACUCAGAGUACUGAUAUUAUUUAUAUGGGAGCCCCAGUUAAAGAAAUUGACUAUUCCAUCACAGGAAUGCCAGCAGAAAAGGAUACCAUCAACUUUGAUGACUUUUUGCCGAAUAAGCUCAGUGGAUUGGGACUCAAUGGAAAAGGUGGUUUAACAGGCAUCAGUGGUACUGAGAUGUCUGAACAGGAGGUGCUUUCUAGUAUCAUAAGUGGUCACACAUCCAUGAUGUCUGUUUUAUCUGCUCGAUCCAGAGGUCUUCAGGUCACCCAUAAACUAUGGCAGACUAAAGACUUGAAAACUGCUGUAGACCAUGCCCUUAAUCUGGGUGAUCAAGCUCUCCUCGUUGAUCUGCUAGGCAUCAUUAAUUUACGGCCAUCAAUAUGGAAUUUAGACUUGUUAACAGCAUUACUUCCACCGGUUAGCUCUCUUUUGCAGAGCAAACAUGAAACAUAUGUAAUGUGUGGUUGCAGUGCACUGAAGCUUAUGAUAAAGAAUUUUGCUGUUAUGAUCAAGUCAAAUAUGUCAGGGCCAAUACAUACUGUGGGAGUGGACAUUUCUCGUGAGGAAAGGUAUAACAAAUGUGUGGAGUGUUACAAUCACAUGAUGUCCAUCCGGGCAUUCCUUCUAAAGAGACUGACUAUUCCUGGGAAGAUGGGAACUCUGUAUCGUGAGUUGGUCAUCCUCAUGCAAGCCUUCGACUGAUAAUAAGCUUAAGAGGUUUGCAGGUGCCAAGCUUAUCUUAUGGGUGUAGUUGGUCAAAUUUAGUGGAAAAACACCAACUUAUUUUAUUGCCAAAAAAAAUUAUUCCUCCACUUUUCACCCCUUUUAAGUACAGGCAACUUUAUGUAAUGGCUCAAGUAUGGCACUGAAGAGUAUUUCAGUGACUGUUUCAGACAGUUUACUAUCUGCAAAAGAUCAUAGUUGAUUAGUCUUAGCUUUGUGCCAAGUCUAUUCUUGUAUUAAUAAUGCACUCUGGAAGCAAUCUCAAGAUAUCAGUUGAAAGAAAAUGAGGAAUGACUACACUCAUAUUGAGUGAUCAGUUGGAAGUAAGUGAGGAAUGACUAGACUCAUAUUGAGUGAAGUCAUCAUUUACUUACAACUUUGGAAAAGAAAGAAAUUAAAUAUUAUGGCCAUUUUAAGCGCUUUAUUCUUCAGAAUGGAACUGCUGUGAUUGAAGCACUGUAUCCUUUUGGAGAAAAUAUGCUCCUUUAGUUGAGUAUGGUGAUUCUCAGCAUUGAACAGCAUUGGUGCUUACAGCCCAGUUUUAAGCUGUCCAGUAUAAUUGUAAUUGCAUAUGGUGGAAAUGUGAUAUGAGUCUGUAAAUGAUACUAAUUUGUUUAAAGUUAAAUUUAAGAAGGAUUCAGCAGUGUUAUGGGUAAUUUUGUUUUAUAAGUACCUUGUAUAUAUGGAGAACACGCAAGAUAUGUGUACUGGCCAGCAUCAUGUUCCGUGAUAGGAUUGUAAGCUGGAAUAUUUAAUCUUCCAUAUCCCAUGUAGCUCACUUACCAAACAAACAAAAAAUAGAUAUGUCAGUGCACUGGUUCAAGAAAUGUAAACCAAGAUAGGAAAUGACAAUUAAUGUGUAAUCUAUAAUAACAUCUAUGGAAGGUAACAAAAUUAGGCUGAAGUUAUGAUGAUCGAAGUACAGUACUAGAGUAAUUUUUAUGCCGAAACUUUUAAUUGAUUAAAUAUAGAAAACUGGUUAGUUAUCUUUUAAAAUCUUCAAUAAGUACAUGGGUAUGGAUUUUGCCAUUUACUUUUGUCUUAUAAACCAGCAACAUUGCUGACUUAUUUUUGAUAAAAAUCCUUUAUACAGAAGACUAUAAACAUCUGAAUUUAUCUUUUUAUUAGAAUACUUGUACAUUUUAAUGAUUUUUUUUUUAAGUAUACAACUCGAGGUUCAUGCUGGUCAGAGGAUUUUCUUACUUUUACUAAGAAUUCCAAAUUUGACAGCAUGUCACGUGCUAAAAUCAGUCGUGUAAAUACAGCUUGGCGUUUACUUCAGACAUCGCAUAAAAUUAUUUUUUCUGUUGAAAAUUAAUGUAAAUUUGAGAUUAGUCAUACAUCUGCUGUGAUAGUAAAUCUAUUAUUAAUGCAGACAAUGACAUUUUCAUAUGUAUUAUAAAUGAUUUGUAUCAUUUGUGAGACAUGAUGAGAAUUUAAAGUAAGUAUUUGGACCAGUGUCCAGGUAUGAAAAGUAGAGUAAGAACUUUUACUGAUUAAGUUAGGUAUUUGUUUAGGAAUUUUUUUGUAAAUUUAAUAUAUGCUAUCCCAAAAUAGCAACAAGAACAUUGUUAAAAAAAAGAGAACUAAUGAUGUUUUUUGUUAAAGAGGAAAUUCUAGUUACUACAAUGAAAUGGAAAAUUUCAUUGCAAAGGAGCAAUGAAAGUAAUAAUACUGGUUAUUUCCAUUAUAACAAUUUAGAGAUGGGAACACCAUAGUUUUCCCUCUUUUGUAUGUAAACUUCAGGAGGUGAAAUACCUUUAUUUCUGAAGUCUUGUGCCUUCUCAUUUUUUAAACUGCUUCUGGCAGUUACUUGCCAGAAGUGGUAGCCAUAUGCAAUAUAUAAAUACCAUAUAUUUCAUGAAGAUAAAAUGGUGUAAACCAUAGUUAGUCUGUGGGAUCCCUGUCUACUUUGUCUUUGCCAUGUCUGGGUUGUUCUGAUUACCAGACAUUGAAACGAAGAACGAACUGCCUAUACUUUAGCAAGCCACAUUCCAAAAUCAAUAAAUUAUUGGUACUUGUGCUUUGUCAUGGUGGAAAUAAUGCUUGCCAAUUUUUUUUUUUUUUUUUUUUUUUUUUUUUUUUUUUUUGCUUAUUGCCAAAAGCCAAAUACCAUUAACUUGACAUUUUGUGUUCAGUCGUAUCAUGUAUGGUGGCAAGUGGUUGGUUUAUCUUGUAAAUUUUACAAGGUUUAGUUUAGUUUUGGAAUGGUAUAUUAUCAUUCAUUAGUUACUGUAUGUUUAAUCCUUGUUAAUGCUACUGUUUUGCCUUUGCUCUUGUUUUACUACUUAUAUGCUUGGGGUGAUGACUUUAAAGCAGUCUUAAAAAAAUAAUUGGAUAUUGUGACAUCAGAGAGCCAGUAUAUACUUAAUUAUUUUUUUUUAUUCAUACAUGACGAUAUUUUUCAGUGAUUGGAUCAAUGCUAACAUUUAUUACAACAUUUUUGCUAUUUUUUGAAAAAGUAAUAUCACAGGAAAUAUAUUGAAUUGGAUAUUUCUUUUAACAUUCAGUAUCUAUAAUUCUGUUCUCCCAAUGAGAAAAGUUUUCAGGACAUUAAAAUUGACAGAAUUAAAGUAAUUUGUUACCAUUUAUCAUAACUUUUUUUUUCUCACAUCAACCCCUGCCAAUUAUGCAAUGUUUGUAAGAUAUAUCACAAUUCUUAUAACAUUUUGACACUAAAAACAUUUCUCUCCAGCCCAUUUUCUUUAAUUGAACUGAAAAUCACAUAACAUGUUUACUUGCAUUAAUCCAUUCCAUGAAAUGUUAAAUAUUCAUUGUUAAGUACAAGGUAUUUAUAAUUGGAAAUUGUCAGUAAGCUAUAAGCUAUAUAGUUAUUCUGCACUGAAUAUUUUAUGCAUAUAUUUUUGUAAUACUGAAAAUUUUAAAUUAUGUGAAGCUAAAAACAAACAAAUCGUACAGAUACUACACAUAACGAAAUACAGAAUAUUUAGUGGCUUUGUGACCUGUGAAUUUAAUGUCAUGCUCAAGAGUUCAGACUUUGAUUGCUGCAAGUAAGUGAGCCUUUGUCCAUCAUUUAAUCACUCGUUGCUGUGGUAUAAAUGUUUGGUUGGAUAAGCUGAGUUGACAUCAGCAAGACAGACAUUAAACAGUAUUUUGAAAUGAAUAUAACAGAAAAUUUGGUUAAAUGUAAUACUACUACAGAACCUUCUAAUUAAGUACUAUUGGGUAACUACUCAAAUUUUAGUAGCAUUCUACAGAUAAAUUUGGCUUCUACAUAACAGCCAUUUUCUUAAGCCUAGUGCAUUCAGUCUGUUACCCAAGAUACUCUUGAUUUUGUUUCAUGUAUAUUGUAUUGAAAAUGUCACUAUUUCAUUAGUUAGGAAUUUUUUUAAACAUUCCGUAUGCUAAAGUAAUGGCUCCUGAAUGAAAUUGUCACUUUUAAAACAUUGUAAGGAGUUCUGUGAAGUGUUUUUCACAGGUUUAUCAUCUUGGUAGUCUUAGGAAUCCAUGGAUUUGCCAUGAAACAUGGAAGAUUUUUAAUCUUAGCGGCUUAUGUGUAGGUAUCAUCAAAGUACUUGGUUUUGACAGUUAAGGAAGAGUGGGAAGUGAACUUGUCAAAUGUGUAUUGUUAAUGUUAACUAUAUAGUAGUGUAAGGAUUAAACUUUUAUCAUUCCAAAGUAAAAAGAUUAAAAUUAACCAAAUAUAAUCUUUUAAGAAUUUUUUUUAGUAUUUUAUAUGUAACCAAGAAGGCUGUGUGAAAAAUUAUUGUGACACUAGAUCAUAAGAAAGGACAGAAUUAUAUAAGGAAAACGUCAGUCCUUGUAUCUUACAUGAAGUACCUUUAUGAAUAUGUAUAUUUUGUGGUAUCCUUGUUUUGUACUGUAUAAUUUGUUAGAAGAGUUAUCAGAUCCAUGAGUAUAGCAACUGAAGAACACAUCUCUCAAGUUCUGUUUGUAAUGCAUAAUAUCAAAAUGUGCUGCAGGUGCUUGCUAAGUUGGCUGAAUAAACUUGCUGAUACCAUAUUAAAAUGCCACAGUACAGUAAUAAUGUAUGAGUAAGUGAAGAACAUUUCUGAAAAGAUUAAGCACCAUUUUUAACAUUUAUCAUCAUUCAGUCCAAGGUCAUAGAUAAUUUUGUCACCUUUUCAUAUCAUUGUGAUUUGUCUACUGCUGUUAAUUUUGUCUCUUGACAAAAUGGCUGGUGCUAAGAAUUUUUUUUAAUCAUGUGCUUUCCAUCUUUACUUUUCUGUUCAAUGCCUUUUUAUUGUCAUUUUCUGUUCUCAGGAAUGUCUCAAAAGGUACAGAAAUCUGCUUUUUUGAAAAAUAAAAUUUUAAAAACACCCUAAGCAGAUAGGAUUUAAUCCUAACAGCAUUUUGCUGAUUGUCAGUGUUUGACAGGACAAUAAAUAUGAUGGUCUUUCAUUUUCAUUAGUAGAGAUCAAUACUAUCGAAAAUAUGAGCUCUUUGUAGCACACGAUGAUUAGUUUUUAUAACCACGAGACAAAAAUACCAUCCUUUGCUUGCUUUGCUGUAAAAUAUUUUAAAGUAAUUUAGAUUGGGAAAUACUGAGUAACUAUGUAUUGUAUUGCAAAGUACUAGUCCCUCUUUUUUUUGAGUCCUGGUAAAGGAAAAUAUUUUUCUCAGCCAUUAAUUCAGAUUUUUUGGGAAAAUAAUAGGACCAAGGUAUUUUCAUUAUAAACAUGGUGUCAUAUCCUAGUGGUGCAUGAAGUUUUAAGAUGGAAAGACAAAUUGCUUGUAUGAUUACUAAAUAACUACUUUAAUCAUAUCUGAGUUUGCCUAGCUGUACAAAUUUUGGUCUUGCAUAAUGACAAUACUAAUUAUAAGUCACAUGUACAUUUCUUAAUUGCUUUUUCAUAUUUUGGUUUACAGGUCCUUACAAACUACUCUUUAUAUUAUCAAGUAUGUCAAAAGGUAGAAAUCUCAAAAUUUUUUAUAUUCCGUGUAGUUUUCUUUUAAAGUUAGUAAAUUUUGUUGAAAACCUAUCCUUGUUCCAAUACAGCUAAGUAUUUCCCAGUGAAAUUUUGCUCAUUCUAUAUCAGUACUUUAUCCCCAAGAAAACGAGAAAAUGAACAGCCUCAGUGGUUAUUAGCAUUUAGAAACAUACACUGACAUCUUUGUCAUUAUCCUUCCUUAAAUUUUUACUGACGUAACAUCGUUAAUCAUGAAACUGAGGUGUAGACCGCUAUAAAUUUUUUUGAAGCUUUCACACUGAAAAUGAACUAUGGACUGGAAAACAGUUAGGAAAAGAUUGUGUCUCACUGUCACUUAUAAUAUUUCUCUCUUUUAGAUACUUGAAAAAUUCAGAUACUGGCAUGAUAUGGGACGAGCUUUAGGGUCAGAGUAGCCUGGCAUAAGGAAAGUGGAGUCGUCAUAACCGCUUUAUUUAGGUGUAUGUGGUUAUUGACCCUUGUUCCUCACAAUUAAUGAUAGAUCUCAGUUAAACAAUUAAUAUAUUUGCCUCAAGGACUCUACUCUAAUAAAAGCUUUAUUUGAUAAUUACAAAAAUGGCUAUAAGCAGCUUAGCAAAGGUUUUUAUCAUGUCUGUUUGAAGUAAUGGGAUAUGAUUAAAAGAUUAAUGAUUUCUAGUGUAGGAAAUGUUAAAUAACAUUUAGGUCUAGAGUGUAUUAUGACGUAGUAUUUAUACUUGUAUAUAACUGAGCUGCUGUAAAUAACUUGUGAUAAUAAAAAGUUGUUAAAUUACAA